AUGAAUCGACUCAGGAUUAGCACUCAGAAAAACAACAUGACAUCUUCUUGGCUUAUGAAAUUUAGUUUCCUUUGGCUUCUUAGUCAGAAUGGUUGCAGAGGCAGUGCUGUUUUUUCAGCUUAUAUGAACAUAUCAUUUCAGGUUGGGAAUCGCAUGUUGUCUGAGCUAGGGGAGGCAGGAGUAUUUGGAAGAAGCUCUGCUUUGAAGAGGGUGGUUGGAGUUAUUGUGCCCCCGGAAGGAAAACUACAAAGUGCAUGCAAUCCCUAUGCUAAAUUCAAGAAACCAAACUCCACAGUGACAUGGUUUGCACUCAUUGAACGGGGAGGAUGUACCUUCUCACAGAAAAUUAAGGUGGCUGUUGAGAAUGGAGCCAGUGGUGUGAUCAUCUACAACUUUCCAGGAACUGGCAAUCAAGUGUUUCCCAUGUCUCAUCAAACAUAUGAGGGUAUUGUUGUGGUGAUGAUUGGUAAUCUGAAGGGUUUGGAGAUAUUGCAUUUAAUUAAAAAGGGAGUGUAUGUCACAGUCAUGAUAGAUGUUGGGAGAAAGCACAUCAUCUGGAUUAAUUACUACGUCAUCUUGUUUGUGAUUGUCACAACUGCUACCAUAGCAUACUUCAUCUUUUAUCACAUCCGAAGACUUUUAAUAUCAAGGAUUCAAAAUAGAAGAUGGCAACGAAUAACCAUAGAUCUCAAGAAAGCAUUGGGCCAGCUCCAGGUUCGGGUACUCAAAGAAGGGGAUGAAGAAAUCAGUUCAAAUGGAGAUAGCUGUGUUGUUUGCUUUGAACUCUAUAAAUCUAAUGAUACAAUUCGUAUUCUGACUUGUAAACACUUUUUUCACAAGGAUUGCAUUGACCCCUGGAUUUUAUCCCAUGGGACCUGUCCCAUGUGCAAAUGUGAUAUUCUUAAAGCCUUGGGGAUUCAAGUCGAUAUUGAAAGCGAAACAGAACCUUUGCAAGUGUUGAUGUCAGAUGAAUUGUCUUGUAACCUGUCACCUAAUGAAGAGGGGAUAGAUAAUGAACUGCCUCCCCCAAGAAGGUCAGAGAAAGCCACUCAAGUUGAGAAAGAGGAGCACCCCACUUCUCAGAAUGACGAGUCAAAUUCAGUAGCAGAAAUUGUACAACAUUCACUAUGA